GCCGGCAUCGUGGCGGACUCUUUCCAAAUUCCCGUUUUCUGGGGAGUUACAGUCUCCGUUAUUGUCGAACCCAAACCUGAUGGCGACGCUUGUUACUCCUGGCUCUCACUACGAUGUUUGUCGACAAUUACACCGUGGAAACACAAUACUCCUGCCCCCUCAAAUGCACAGUCAAACGGUACCGGCAGGACGUCGAUGAACGACCUGGCUUCAUUCUCAUCUUUGCUCAUGGAACGGGAUUUCAUAAAGAGCAUUGGGAGGUGACGAUACAAAGGAUAUUUGCUCUAGAUACGCUGAGUUUGGUACGGGAAGCUUGGGCAGUCGACGCACAGACACACGGAGACGCUGCUGCCUUGAAUGAAGAGGCGAUGAAAGAUCCAGAUUUCAAGUAUUCCGUUAGAGACUAUGCUGAAGCCUGUGCCAACGUAUACAAGACCUACCUUGCGAAUAGGAUCCAGAAAGGCAAAUACAGAGUCAUCCUCAUUGGACACUCAGCUGGAGCCUCUUCAGCUGCACUAGCGACAUCCUUCCUCGACCAUAUUCCAUUUGCCGCGCUCGUUCUGAUCGAACCGACAAUCUGGCCGGAAGAAUUAACAGGUCCUGAGCACGAUUCACCUAUAGUUGCCCUUGCGGCGCAGGCGAUUCCACAGCGACGUGAUCAUUGGAAGUCCCGGGAAGACGCAAGGAGGUACCUUGUUAAGCGUAUCCCGUGGAAUAUGUGGGAUCCGCGUAUCCUUGACAUCUACGUCGAACACGGCUUGCGACCCGACACGUCGAACGGUGGCGUUAGGCUCAAGUGCCCUCCAAGACAUGAGGCGUACCCGUUUGUCAAUAUCCAGGAGGCGGUCUUCCCCAUUGCAGAGCUGGAGAGAGUGAAGGGAAAGUUGGCUGUACAUUUAGUGUACGGAGAGCGUGAGGAAAUGAUCUCGCGAGAGAAACAAGAAGCCCUGCAAAAAGUAGGCAAGAUUACGUCUGUGACGCAGAUACCUGACGCUGGACAUUUGGUGGUUCAAGAGGCUCCAGACUUGCUGGGUGACGCGAUUUGGAAUAUCAUACGCGGUGUCGACCGUUCAGUGAAAUUGUAAACAGUUGGAAUAGACUAUGUGCAUCGAUUCCCUAUGCGCUCGACAGAGUAGGUGCUCCUCAGCGUUUCGUCUCUUUUGCGAUCAUGGAAGCGGAAUGAACGGCCUUCGGGACGAACUCCCGAAGGCCUCCUAUUCCUUCUCACGCUCUACGUCCUCCCUAUUCCACCGCUGUAAAUGUGCAAUGCUCAAAUUUCUGCUGCGCAGAAGACGCGACAGAAGGUGUGAUAUGUCUCAGCAAAUGGCUUGUAUUCUUAUUCCUAUAGUUGCCUACGAAC